CACUCAGGUAGCGGGACACUGAACGCAUCUGGACUCGGUCUUUACCCGACCUGCUCGCUUUUAUCCUUUUUGCCGUUUGACUGAAAACAAACAUUUUAUCGUUUCUUAAAAUAAUACUUCUCGUCGCCAUUACUUCUCAAGUUGUUAAAAGCGGCUCGGUUUCACUUCUCAGCAGCACACUCUGCCAUGAUUUCCAGGGAAAGCUAGCUAUCGUUAGCCGUAAGAGCUAGCGUUCAUCAUCCACUGUUCAGGGGGGGGAAGUAGUGGAUUCAGCCGUGUGUGUGUAGGGUGGUGGGGGGGAGGAGUAAACUGGAUUAAACAUGGAGAAAAGUAACCGUUUUGUAGAGAUGUUCCACUAUCUACAAGACCCCCACUUGGUCGCCCGCUUUCAGCGCAUUUGUGGGGUACACGGGACUUUUUCUAGAAGCGUCGACAGCAGCAAGGAAGCAGACCGGACUCACUCGCACAACAACGGGGCUUGCCAUCAUCACAGCACGGGGGGGCGUGAAAGGGAAAACAUGGGAGCUGGAGAAGGAGAGAAAGUGCAAACGACUGUAGGGGGGCUUCGGAAGAGGAUUGCCGACUCUAAUGUCGCGAAAAACCAUGAUGAUGAUGAUGAUGAGGGGGGGGAGGAGGAGGGCGAUGAAAGUGCCCCUCAGAACGGGGCAGUUGUGUCUGCAGCGACCGCCGCGGGAGAGACGGUCGCUGUCGGGGGGAACGGUCGAAUUGUAGCCGGGACCGACUCGGAGGAGACGAUAACAGAUAAAGGCAGUAGAGACCCGGGACCCCCUGGAAGCAGCACUGUGAAACCCCUCCGCAAAAACUCUCUGACGGGCGACGCCGGGCAGGAGUUCCUGAUCGAGAACCGGUUCUUGUACUACAUGUUCACUUUCGGAACCGAGCUGGGCAACGAGCUCUUCUACAUCACCUUCUUUCCCUUCAUCAUGUGGAACAUGGACGCCUUCGUGAGCAGGAGGUUGAUCAUGGUGUGGGUGUGGGUCAUGUACCUCGGACAGUGCACCAAGGAUGUGAUCGGGUGGUCUCGACCCGCUUCACCUCCCGUGGUCAAAGUGGAGAUGUUUUACAACUCGGAGUACAGCAUGCCCUCCACCCACGCCAUGUCGGGCACUGCCAUCCCCUUCUCCCUCUUCUUCUUGACCUACGGCCGGUGGGAGUACUCUUUCUCACUGGGCUUCAGCUUGGCCCUCUGCUGGUGUCUGCUGGUCUGCGUUAGCCGAAUCUACAUGGGGAUGCACUCGGUCCUGGACGUCAUAGUCGGCAUCCUGUACAGCGUCCUGAUCCUGCUCUCAUUCCUGCCGGCGCUGGACAUGAUCGACGGCUUUAACCUGACCUACCGCUACGCCCCGCUCAUCAUCAUCGCCCUCCACCUGGGCCUGGGCCUCUUCUCCUUCACCCUGGACACCUGGAGCACCUCUCGAGGAGACACUGCUCAGAUCCUGGGUACAGGCGCCGGCGUGGCUCUGGCCGGUCACGUCAACCACCUCCUGGGUCUAAUGCCUGACCCAACGCCAGACCAGCUUCCCUUCACCAUGCCCGCCCUCAGCGCCAGCCUGGUGGGUGCAGCCUUGCUGCGAAUCUUCUUGGGUGUGCUGGUUCUGAUUGCCACUCGGGCGCUUAUGAAGGCCAUCACAAUCCCACUGGUGUGCCGGUUGUUCAGGGUGCCCUGCGAGGACGUAAGGAAGGCCAGGCAGCACAUGGAGGUGGAGCUGCCCUACCGCUACAUCGUCUACGGGGCGGUUGGCUUCAAUGUGCUCUUCCUCGUCCCGCUGCUGUUCAGCUACAUGCAGCUUUCCUGAUUGGAUGUCAGUUCAUUUCUAGCUGUUUUUAGAUCAGAUAGCCCAUCCAGAACCCCAUUCCUUUGCUCCUUAAGUUGGAGCUGAAGUGAAGUAAAGCCUAAACUUUUAUCUGAAUGCUGGCAUGUUCUGAGUUUUUCCAAUUUCCCCCCGUUGUUGGUCCAUGUUGGGAACAAUGAACCAGGUGAAGCACCUGUGACGAGUGACAUCUCUGUGUUGUGCCCUUUAAUUAAUUCUAAUUAAUAAUUAAGCGGCUCCUCGUGAUCCCAGGACACACUGUGACGGAGCCUUACAUCCACUCCUUCUCUGCCAGCUUCACGUUAAUGAGCAAAACAUUCUUAAACAGAUGCCUCUGAAAGACUGAGAAAGCCACUGACAGAUCUUUUUUCUGCGCAUUCACAUUUUUAUUCAUGUUGUUAUUAAGAGUUCAGACAAAGAACCACGCAAGUUUCUUUUGGGAAGACUGGAAUGUUUAUAGCAUUUAAAGUGCUUCGUAUUAGAUAAGAGCUUUAACAGCUCAACAGUUGAACUACAAUUCAUUUCAUCUUCCAUUUAUCUGGUGACUAAUAGUUUCGGUAACAUCAUUUAGGACAACAUUCAAUUAUGUCAUGUUUAGUCCAACCAACAGUCCAAAAACAAAAGAUUUGUGGUGACAGUUGCAUCAAAUUGAUUGUCGGAUAGUUGAAGACAACUCUUUUUUUUGAUGACUUGAUUGAUCCGCUUGUUGUUUUAGCUCAAGUUCAGUGUUCAACUUUGUGUGGCUCUUUGUGUGGAAGCCUCUUAAUAUCAAUAUUUGACUUCCUCCUCUCACCGCUUAAAGCAAUAAGAUUUAUGAUUAGAUACUUCCUUAUUCCUGUUAAAGAGGUCAUGGGAAAUGUGAGUUUUCUUUUAUUUUGGACUCCUGGUGGAGGAGAAACCCCUUUUGAUUUUAGCCCCUGAACUUUGAUGGAAAUAAACCAACACGAGUCAGGAAUAAGAGUCAGAUGAUUUUCCAAUCGUUGUUAACCCGUGCACAGUAUUUUCUAAAAGGGCUUUCACCACUCAGUGUGCUCUGUUUACUUCUUCUGUUUUUAUCCAGACUAAUUAUUGUCUGUUCACUGCUCGGAGAUUGAUUGGUAUUCCUGCGAGGAAGCAAUGACCUGGCACAUACUGCGUAGGAUUGAGAAGGAAGGAAGGAAGGAAGAAUCACUUUGUUUGGGAAAUGCACAGAAAGUUUUUUUAAGUGUGAAAGAUUGCCAGGGUGACAGAGGUCUGUCUACUUGGCUCAGCAUUUUUUUUUUUUUCGAAACACUGUAAACUGGCUUCCUGUUUGACGAUCUGAAAGGCACGCUUCCACGUCCUGUGCAGGGGACAGUCUCGUGUCAGCAGGGAGGAGGCAGAGAUAACGCUGCUCUCAGGAGGGAAGACGUGUUGAGCGAUGGGGGGGAGGUCAGGGCGAGGAAGGGAGAAUGAUGAUACAACUCUGGCGAAAAUAUGACAUUUUGUAGCGUUUGAGUUUUUUUGGCCUUGGAAUUCAGAAUGAUGAGGACAUUUUUGAUAAAGCAGUUAAAUGUUUUGAGAAAAAGGCUUUGACUGUGACACUUGAAAUGAAAAACUACUACUCAAAGCAGGUUCAAAUUUGAAGAAAAUGUAAUUGAAUUUUUGUAGCACAAAGCAAAGUACGGUCAGCCUUUAGGUUUCACGUCAUCAUCUUCCAACACAGACAUAAAUAUUUUUUUCUUCAAACACUACAUCUUAAAAUAUCCGGACUUCAUUUAAAAUUCAUUCUGAAACAUUUCAAAUUUUUUCUCUUAAACUUUUAUUAAAUGUAUCUUGACUUUUUCCCCUUAACAUUGCCAGAACACAUUCAUCACAAAAAAAGGCUUAUAUUGAAGCUCACUUUUUUUUCCACUCCAGAUAUUCUUGUCAGAGAUCAUUAAAGAUGGAGCAAUGUUUUGAUUCAUCAAUAACUUUUCCUGAUCGCAGCAGUGACGAAAAAGAGAAGCAUUGUCUUGCAAAAUGUAAAAGGUUUCUGAAGUUGAAAUCUUGAAUUGGAAGCUGAUUUUUCUUUGCCACAGCAUCAGAGCAAUUGGAUUUGAUAAACUUUACAAACUUAUGUAUUGUUUGGCAAUACAACACAUGCUCAGUUAGUGUUUUCAUGUCAGGGAAGUACAGCUGAUGAAAAUUAGAAUAUCUGAACAGUCAAAAAUUAGGAUUAUAAUUUAACUGCCAAUAUAAACCAACAUGAUCUGAUGGGCAAGACAAGACUCACUUCUGCUUUAAAGAAAACCAAACUGUAUAUUUCAGUGUUCAAAGUCUUCUUUUUUAACGCUACUUUAGCUCAGCAUUGAUUCAAUAUUCUUGUUCUGAAAACAGCAUUGAAGAAAGAAAAACAGACUCCCAUAUGGACUCCAUCUUUCUCUCUCCCCGUCGUCCUCUUGCACUACAUCUGAGUCACAGUAAUGAAUGAAUCCGUAAGACCACUGACCAUCUGAUCCUUCGGUGUAGAUUUACCGAUUUAUUUUUCCUCUGUGCUUUAUUUUUUAAUAAAGGUGGACUCAGUUUC